AGCCCUACGCUUUCGACCAAUCACAUUCCGGGAAACAUAGCUCUCCAUUCAGAGUUGCGCUGAGGUCGCCAGCCCAAAGAAAUAGUUCAAAGUUUUGGACCUGGGCGACUUCGGGUGCUCGCCUGCUCCGAAGUUGAUGACGGUAGCCGACAGUGACCCGUUGCCGCUCGCCAUGCCCGUCCCAGUCGAGUGCUGCCUUGCCCCGGACGCGGCCCGUCCAUCCCCGGGCUCGCUUGUCCCGCCUGGGCCGAUCAAUGGGCAGCAGCCCGGCGUGGCCACGUCGCUGCUGUACAGCGGCUCCCAGUUUCGAGGCUACCAGAAGAGCAAAGGGAACGCCUACGACGUGGAUGUGGUUUUGCAGCACGUGACUCCCGAGGACUCCUACUUGUGUGGAUAUCUGAAGAUCAGCGGCCUGACUGAAGAGUAUCCGACGCUCACGACAUUCUUUGCUGGUGAAAUCAUCAGCCGAAAGCGGCCUUUUCUAACCAGGAAGUGGGAUGCUGAUGAAGAUGUGGACAGGAAGCACUGGGGCAAAUUUCAGCCAUUUUAUAAAGUGGCCAAAAGCUUCAACUCUGAUGACUUUGACUACGAUGCGCUGGAACGCAGCGAUUACGUCUUCAUGAGAUGGAAAGAGCAGUUCCUGGUCCCCGAUCACACCAUCAAGGAUAUCAGCGGCGCGUCCUUUGCAGGCUUUUACUACAUCUGCUUCCAGAAGUCCUCGGCCACUAUAGAGGGUUACUACUAUCACAGGAGCUCGGAAUGGUAUCAGUCCCUCAACCUGAGCCACGUCCGAGAGCACAGUAUUCCCAUUUAUGAAUUCCGCUGAAAAGACGAGCGACAAAUGUUUUUGUCAAGGAGGGUUCAGCUCACGCUGCCCCGGUCUUCAAUGGGAUGCCCAAAAACAACAUCAAGAAAUACGGAUGGCGAGCGAGCCACUUGCUGUCCCAAAUGGAGCUCGGUUAAGACUUUGCCUUGCUGGGAAAGUUAGUUUGUGAAGAAAUGGGACAAGGGUCAGUCUAGUGAAAGCGUCACUAAAAAAAAGAUUGAGCUUGAAACAGUCUUCGAGGCGCUCUUGGAAAAGUGACAAACUUAAAAUUACAUUCUAAACCUCCUGGUGCUUCACAUCACAAAACACAAUAUUGUCGGACUUUGGGGGGGACAGGAUCUGUUGAAUUUAUGACUGAUGGCAAAAUGUACCUUGUGUGACAUUUGCUGGAAUACACCACAUUAAAAAAAAUGUUGGAUGUGUCUGCUGCACCAAGCACGAGGAGCAAUAAAAACUUGUGCGUA